UAUGAAUCUUAGACCACAAGAUAAUCAAGAGGUAUUCUUGGUAUUUCCCAUCCAUUUUAGGGCAAUCAAGCUUAGUACAAUAAGAAAUAUUCGAUCUAUUAUCAAAAGCCUGGAGAGGAGGAACUCAAACAAAUAGUGCUUGAGUUGCCCAACAUUUUCACAGUUGGGGACUGCAUAGAUUUUACUAUUGAAUAGAUCAACAUCCAAGACCCCAGUAUAUAUAUAAAAUCUAAUUCAUUAUUAGCUUUUAAAUUUAAAGGAUCUGCAGAUUGUUUUAAAUUGAAAGUCGCAAAAAAGAAUGGAAAACCAAAGGAUGAUUUGCCUGGUAAUUAAAUACAUGUAUUUUAGCUUUGGAUAAUGAACAAUAACUCAUUGAUACUGGUGCAAUAGUAUUUGCAUUAGUUUUAAACCAAAGUCAAUAACAAUUGGAAAAAUAGAUAACAUUUGCACCAACCAAUUACACCAGUCAGACUCAACAAUCCCAAGUCAAUUAACAGGAAUCCUCCAUUAAACAAAGAACUUCUUAUAGCAAUAGUUUAAGUAACAACAAGAAGGUAAUUUGAAUCCACCAUAAGUUUAGAAUAAAAAUGGAGGAAAUGAUCAAAAGAAUGACGCAAAUGGAUUUUGCUUCUUUAAGUAAUGCGCUUGAAAUGAAUUCGUACUACCAACUUAAUAUAUCCC